CCGAACAUGAGUCAGCAGAAGGGGUGGGUGAUUUACUAAACGUGAAUCAGCAGAUUUGUACCUCCCUGUCUUCGGAACUUUUACCUACUUGGAGCGGAGUCAAGCCGGGACAAUCAGCGGAAAAAGAUAGCCCCAAUUCAAGCAAGCCCAAUGAGUGGAAGCAGCCAGAGAGCGGAUAAAAGAUCCUACAAAGACUUGAAGAUGGAUGUGGAGGAGAUGGAGGAACCAGAUUUGGAUUUUGAGGAAUCAAGCAAGAAGAAGCUUCAUAAGGAACCAGGAGGUUUGAUAAACAAGAUAUGCAAACACUCUGGUAAGGUCCUUCAAGGUGACUGUGUGUAUUCCGCUUGUGUCAACUGUGUAGAUUUCUAAAGAGGGUUUUUCUGUGUUAUCUCUUUUAAAUCCCUCGCAGCUAUAAUAGACUAUUUUAUUGGUAUAUGGUGAGCAGAUUUAGACUUAAAACACAUUUUCCUAUCAUAUGAGCAUAGUAUAACUAUAAUGCAUAAAUACAUGACAUAUUGCAGGUAAUACUGAAGUUGAGCCUGAACUUUUUGGAGCAGAGUCGUGUAGCUUUCUUCCUGCUUAUCCAGUCUGUAUGUCAGGAGACCGACGGGAAGAAAGAGGAGAAGAGGCAAGUCCCACCUUACUCUACUGGGUGUACCCAGAUAACCAGCACAACAGGGCGCUCUGUCCUGUAAGCAGGACAAUCCCUCCAGUAACCCACAGGCCUCGCCCAGUCAUAUCUGCUCCCAGUCCAGGGACAGUCAUCGCUUCUAAAGGGAGCUCUGUAGUUAAUCUCAUGGUUUCUAGCCCCAUUACGGACCACUGUAGUCCUAGCAGUUCCAUGUGCGGUCCCACCAGUUCAGCCUGCAACACCCUCAGAUCCACAUACAGGAGUCCUGGCUGCUCAGCCAAGGAUCUUGUAAGCGCUGCAGCUCACCUACACCUGUUGGGAGAGUCCUUGUCCCUGAUUGGACAACAUCUUCAGGAGACAAAUAAAAUGGUGAGCAUGUCGAUUAGCUUGUCUCUGCUCUUGGACUCCCUGCUGUGUGCCCUGGCUCCUCUGAUCUGCCUCAGCGCACAGAUACCGGAGCUGAGGAGCUGCACCCAGCACACACUGUGGUCAGACAGGUACCUCCCAGAGACUGCCCAUCUCACCUGCGUAGGCAGCUUUUAGUUGUCAACUUGAUGCCGACAUGUACUGAAUCUGUAUGGAUGGGAGACACUAUUCAGUGACGAUACUGAACAAACGAAGCACACAGAGAAGACCAUACAUGAACACAGCUUAAAAGUCUUCACACGAUUAACCAUGAGUGAACACUUGAGAAGCAGCUACAGGUCCUCUUCCCCAGAGCUGAGACUUGUUCUAUUGGGAAACAUUGGAUGUGGAAAGACGUCUUCAGCUGACACGAUCCUGGGACAGCUGUCCCACAUCUCUCCCAGUGCCUCCCGGACCUGCCAGGUGCGACAGGGCAUGUCUGAGGGCAGGAGUGUGACACUGGUGGAGGCGCCUAGAUGGUACUGGAACGGCGGCAAGAUGGAUGAGAGUGUCAGGCAGGAGACAGCGAAAGCGAUGGCGCUGUUAGAACCCGGCCCGCAUGCUUUUUUGCUACUGGUGCCAGUUCACCAGUUCACAGAGAUGGAGAGUCGUGUGCCUGCAGAGCUGAAGGAGUUGUUUGGGGCGGGGGUGCUGGAUCACACCCUGGUCCUGCUGACCUGUGGGGACUACUUGAUGGGAAAAACAGAGCAGGAAUACCUGCAGAAAGAACACCCAGGCCUCAGGCAGAUCAUCGAGGACUGUGAGGGGAGGUACCAUGUCAUCAAUAAUCGUAAGCGACAGGACAGGGAGCAGAUCUGCGAGCUGCUUGAGAAGGUGGAAAAAAUUGUGGAAAAAAAUGGGGUUUACUAUAAGAAAACAGACCAGGAGAGCGAGCUGGAGAAACAAGUGGAAGACAGAAAGCAAGAACUUAUGGAAAGUUACAGAGCUCAAAGGGAGGAGAGAAGAGAGACAUUUGCUUCAACGCAGAGCCCAAACACAGAAACACGGGGGAUUAUCGAUAGGGGAGACGAGUACAGCAUCGCCUUGGAGAGGAGGGGGAGAGAAGAGAGGGAUGAGAUGGAGAGAAAUGUGAUUGUGAGCCAAAGCUCGAACGGGCUACAUUUAAAUCCAGCACCAGAGCACCAGCAAUAUUCAGAGCCGCAGGAUGACAGACAGGCAAAGAGGACGCUCAACUUCAGACUAAAUGCAGAUGGAGCUAUACUCUCAAAAGCGUCUGACGUUAAAUCAACUCCGAAAGUGGUCACUACUUUUCACCAAAGGAUUAACAGCUUUGAAGAGAGAUCUCCUGAGGCGUCCCCGACCUCCUCUCCUCCUGCAUCCGUCUUCUCUUCUUCCCCCUCGACACCAACCUUUGCCUCCUCUCCCACCUCAUUGCCCUCAUCCUCCUCAUCCCCCCGAGAGCUGCGUCUGGUACUGCUCGGGCGAUCUGGAGCCGGGAAGAGUGCAGCUGGCAACAAAAUACUGGGGAGGCAGGAAUUUAAGUCGUGCCGGGACAGCCUCAUAGCGAUCACUCAACAGUGUGAGAAAAAGAAGGCACUGGUUGAAGGAAGACAGGUAGCGCUGGUUGAUACCCCUGACUGGUUCAAUUCAGAGCAGAGUCCAGAUGAGGUGCGAGCACAGAUCUCCUCCUGUGUUGCUUUGUCCAGUCCCGGUCCCCAUGCCUUCCUGCUGUGUGUCCCCUUAGACCAGCCUGCAAAGACCGAGCUGAAGGCUAUCGAGGCCCUCGAGAAUGUUUUCGGCCCAGAGGCCAUCCAGAGCCACACUGUGCUUCUCUUUACUUACGCAGAUAAAUUGAGGGAGAGCGGGAAGGCAGGAAAUAGCAGCAUCGAGGCAUACAUCGCUGGUCAGCGUAGGGAUUUGUUGAAGCUUGUGGAGAAAUGCGGGGACAGGUUUCACGUGAUGGAGACAGGAGGAGGUGGGAGGGACAGGAGAAAUGUGGCAGAGCUGCUGGAGAAGGUGGAGCAGACGGUGAGGGAAAGUGGAGGACUGUGCUAUUCCCAUCCUGCUUUUCAGGAGGCGGAGGACAGAGUGAGGCAGCGUCAGGUUGAGAUAGCAAAGGAGAGAAGGAAGGGAAAAAUAGAGCAAGAAGGACAGCUGAGCUCUCAAGGGCGGGUGCUUUAUUCCUACAUGCAGCCUGUGGCUGAGGCAGAUGAGGAAGUGAGAGAGGAUGAGAUUGAGAAAACAAGGGAUGAGGCAGAGUUGAAUGUGAGCACAAUGAAUAUUGAGAGCCUUCCUCCAAUCACGCUUUCCACCAUCUCCCCUUCACUUCUCCACUCUAUUAUGGAAAAGAUGGGGUCUAAUACAAAGCUGUUACCAAAACGGUUUGCAGAUAGCUCUGUGUGGGUCAGUGAGGGAGCAAAGAAGGUGAAAGAUAGUCCGGUCUGGGGGACCGUCGGAACCAGUGCACACAAUAUCCAGAAGAUGGUGGUUGAUAGCUCUGUGUGGGGGAAGGUAGGAGCUGGUGCUGGACAUGUGUCCAAGCUUGUAGGAGAUAGAGUUCCCAAGGUGGUGGUGGACAGUUCUACAUGGGUGGGAUCUGGAGCAAAAGCAGCAGCAGCCAGUCCAAUGUGGGAGAAAGUUGGUGCAGGGGCCAAACAAAUGGGAACUGGGAUUGGAACCGGCGCAAAGAAUUUGGCGAAGAGUCCGAUGUGGGGAAAAGUAGGAUCUGGGGCCAAAACUGGAGCUAAACUGAUGGCUGAAAGCUCGGUGCGAGUUGGAUCUGGAAUCAGUGUCGGUGCAAAGAAGGUGGCACAGAGUCCAGUGUGGGGGAAGGUGGGCUCUGGGGCCAAAGCCGGCAUCAAAAUGGUGGCGGAGAGCUCAGUAUGGGAGAAAAUUUGGAAUGCUGCUAAACAGGUGCAUGUUAUAGUCAUAGUGGGCGCAUUACUGGGUCUGGUGCUCGGUGUGUUUUUGGGGCGCGUUAUUGGCGGAGCUGUCGGGGCAGCAGCUGGAGCUGGGGUUAGUGAGGUUGGCAGACGAAAAUUUGGCAAUAAAAGCAGGUUAGAAAAGACAGAUGAAGCUGCAAAAAAUGCGAAGAGAACAGUAAACAACAGCAUAGAUUCUCUGGUAAAACAAGGCGAGAAAGUAUUGAAAACUGAAUGAAGGCUGAAUGGAUCUUGUGUAUAUAUAUAACGUGUAACAAAUGAAAAAAAAAUAUUUUGCUUCAGUUCCAUUCCAGCAGUUUUAAUGUGACUUUUCUUCACACUAAAGGAUAUUCUAGCAUUAUACAUGAUUUUGACAAAAUGAAUUGCUAACAGUGCUAACAUGAUAAUAUAAAUGCACAUGACAAGUAUUCAGGUGCUUGUCUUACAUGCUUUGGCCUUAUGUCUGUGAAAUAAUAAACUUUAAAAUGAUUAA